AUGCCAUCCUCUUUUAUACGUAACGGUUCUUUGUCCCGCCGUCUGCUACUGAAAGGUGGAACUGUCCUCAUACACGACAAUCAAGACAACGUGCAAGCUCUAGAAAGAGAUAUUCUCAUUGAGAACAACCAAAUCAUCAAGAUAGCCUCAAAGAUUGAGGAUGUCGCCAAUGCAGAGUUAAUCGAGUGUGACUCAAAGAUCAUCUCGCCUGGUUUUGUCGACACACAUCACCAUCUUUGGCAAACCCAACUCAAAGGAAGGCACGCAGAUGAGCUUCUUCUCGACUACAUGGCGUCAGAAGACAUUUACUGGGGUCAACUUGGCGGAUGUCUUGAAGCGAUCAAUGCUGGCACUACAACUGUACUUGACCACUCACAUGUAAAUACCUUUGAAGGUGCUGCAUCAACUGCCAUUUCAGCCACUGUAUCAUCAGGUCUACGCAGCGUCUAUGGGUACUGCCCGACUGCUCGUGUUGCUUCAUGGUCACCGUUCGAAAUGAACCGGGAAAUGAUUGCAUCAUGGAAUCUUUUGGAAUUACGAAAGCUCGGAGCCAAGGCUCCUUUUGGAGAUGGUCGAGUGACCAUGGGCUUGGCUUUUGACCUAUGGUUCUUGCCUGAGCAGGUUGUCCAAGAACUCUUUCAAACAGCCCGAGAGGCUGGUAUCAAUUUGGCGGCUACCCACGCUGUUCGUAACCAUCAGUUGAGCAUGAGUGAUGUCAUACAGCAGUUCAAAAGCCAAGGCUUGUUGGACGAUCGAAUGCUAUUCAGUCACGCAAAUGGGUACCCUACCGAGAGUAUCCAAGCUGUAGUAGAUACUGGAGCACACAUCAGCAGUACACCUUCGACAGAAAUGCAGAUGGCGCUAGGGACUCCAAUCUGUCUUGAUGGCGAUUAUCCUAUGGCUCAAGCACAGUCAAGUCUGGGUAUCGACUGUCACAGUAACCAGGCUUCGAGCAUUGUCUAUGAGAUGAGACUUGGUUUGCAAGCCUCCCGGGCUAACCAUAACCAGAAGCUCAUUAAUCAAGAAUUGGCCCCUCGACAUAUCUCCAAGACGGUACAGGAGGUAUUCAACCUAGGUACAAUCCAAGGUGCCAGAGCGAUUGGGAUGCAAAACCAGCUCGGUAGCAUUGCUGAAGGGAAAUUGGCUGACCUUGUCAUCUUUGACGCCAACACGCCUGAACUGCUAUGUGCUGUGGAGCAAGACCCAUUGGCCGCUAUCGUUCUGCACAGUAGUAUCGGCAACGUCGAUACCGUUAUUAUAGACGGGAUCGUGAGGAAGAGCAGGGGCAAGCUGGUUGAUGUGAAAGUCGAAGAGGACAUGAAAGACGUUGCAGGCAAAGGCUCCCUUGCCUGGAAUGAUGUGGCAAAAUCAAUGAGAAAGUCUAGAAUGGAGAUCCUCGAGAGGGAGAAGAAACAGAACUUUGCAGAGUUGAAGCAGAGUGUUAUGCGUAACCUUUUCGUAGAUGAGUCAAAGCUGCGAGACUAG